AUGUCUCAAAAUCAACGAGAGGCUUGGGAGCGACUGCAGCUCAUGCUGAACAAGCGCAAGCCUGGCUUUGGUGGAUUCCCUAGCGGUGGCAGUGGUGGCGGUCGCGGCGGUUUUGGGUUGGUCGGCUCCCUCGUCUUGCUCGGUGUGGGCAGCUGGGCAGUUUCAAACUCGCUUUUCAACGUCGAUGGUGGUCACCGCGCUAUCAAAUACUCCAGGUUUAGUGGUGUGCGGAAGGAAAUCUACAACGAAGGAACCCAUCUCUGCAUUCCCUGGUUUGAGACUCCUAUCAUCUAUGAUGUCCGCGCCAAGCCGCGCAACAUCCCUUCCUUGACUGGAACCAAGGACUUGCAAAUGGUCAACAUCACCUGCCGUGUGCUUUCCAAACCCCGAAUCGAUGCAUUGCCACAGAUCUACCGAACCCUCGGCCAAGACUUUGACGAACGAGUCCUGCCUUCCAUCGUCAAUGAGGUGCUGAAGAGUGUCGUUGCCCAAUUCAACGCGAGCCAGUUGAUCACCCAGCGCGAGAAUGUUGCUCGACUGGUGCGGGAGAACCUAGCCCGCCGCGCGGCACGAUUCAACAUUGCUCUGGACGAUGUCUCACUCACCCACUUGACCUUCUCCCCGGAGUUCACUGCCGCAGUUGAGGCGAAGCAGGUAGCCCAGCAAGAUGCACAACGUGCUGCCUUCCUAGUCGAUAAGGCUCGUCAAGAAAAGCAGGCCUUCAUUGUUCGUGCGCAAGGUGAGGCCCGCUCGGCCGAACUUAUUGGCGAUGCAAUCAAGAAGAGCAAGAGCUACAUCGAGCUUCGCAAGAUCGAGAACGCCCGUCAAAUCGCUACAAUUCUCCAAGAGAACGGUGGCAAGAACAAGCUUUACCUUGACACUCAGGGCUUGGGAUUGAAUGUCAAUGCCUCGACCGAGGAUAGCAAGUAA